CAAAAUAUUUUGUUUCUUUUUUGGUGUCGUCGUAAUUUGUGCAGACUUACUACGCUAAAUUUAAUGCCGUGAAACCAGUGAAUAUUACGUUCUUACAUUAUUAUUAUGCCUACUGGCCGUGCUGUGCUGCUGUUGCGGCGUCUUUCAACUGGAGAUAGCAGGUUGAAAAAUAUAAAUAUAAGCCAAAAUUGCAAUAAGGAGCAAGUUCUUCCGAACCCGGUGUGCUGUCAUAAAGAUUUAGGCCAAUCCAAAAGACUAUCUUCGUUUGCACCAAGCAAUUUACCGAAACCUCCACUAACAAGAAGUAUCAGUGAAAACAUAAUUAAAAUGGCUGCCCCUAACAAUGAUACAACCCCAGUGGAACCAAAACACACAAACCGGUUGAUUACAGAGAAAUCACCGUACUUACUCCAACAUGCUCAUAACCCCGUUCAGUGGUACCCUUGGUGCCAAGAAGCUAUAGAUAAGGCUAAGGCUGAAAAUAAACUAAUCUUUCUCUCAGUUGGUUACUCCACUUGUCACUGGUGUCAUGUUAUGGAGAAGGAAUCUUUUGAAAGUGAAGAAGUUGCUAAAAUCAUGAAUGAACACUUUAUAAAUAUUAAAGUGGACCGUGAGGAGAGACCCGACAUUGACAGGAUUUACAUGCUCUUUGUCAUGGCUACUACUGGAGGAGGUGGCUGGCCAAUGUCUGUUUUUUUAACACCUGAAUUGCGUCCCAUCACUGGUGGCACCUACUUCCCACCUGAAGAUCGUUGGGGAAGGCCUGGUUUUAAAACUGUUCUUCUUUCACUUGCGAAGAAGUGGAAAGAAAACCAAGAACAGUUUGUGGAUGCCAGUGCCAACAUUUUAGAUGCCUUACAAAGAAUUGCUAUUGUAGAUACAGACACGCCUACUUCUCUUCCUGGGGAAGCAACUUGGGAGAAGUGUGUUCGUAGAUAUCAACAGAUGUAUGAGCCAGACUUUGGUGGAUUUGGCACAGCUCCAAAGUUCCCACAAGCAUCUAUAUUCAAUUUCUUAUUUCAUUAUUAUGCCCGUGACAAGUCUCACCCUGAUGGGAAGAAAUGUCUUGAAAUGUGUUUGCACACCUUGACUAAAAUAGCUAAAGGAGGAAUACAUGACCAUGUGUCCAGUGGUUUUGCACGAUAUUCAGUAGACAAUGAUUGGCAUGUGCCACACUUUGAAAAAAUGCUUUAUGAUCAAGCCCAGUUAACAGUUGCUUACACUGAUGCAUAUGUUGCAACUAAAGAGGAAUUUUAUGCUGAAGUAGUGCGCGAUAUUAUUAAAUACGUAAAUAGGGAUCUGAGGCACGAAACUGGAGGGUUUUACAGUGCCGAAGAUGCUGACUCAUACCCGUACUAUGGAGCCCCUCAUAAGAAGGAAGGGGCGUUCUGUGUCUGGGAAUAUAAAGAAUUAAAAGAUCUUUUAAAUAAUAAAAUGAUCAAAAAUGUCUCGUAUCUUGAUGUAUUUUGUGAAUAUUUUAGUGUAGAAGAAGAUGGAAAUAUUGGUUCUGAAAGUGACCCCCAUAAAGAGUUGACUGGCAAGAAUGUUUUAAUAAUUUAUGGUGAUAAACAACAGUCUGCUACAGAGUUCGGUUUGUCAUUGGAUGAAUUCAAUAAAGUUAUUCAGGAAUGUAUUGAUAUUUUGUAUGAGGCAAGGCAGAAAAGACCUCGACCACAUUUGGACACAAAAAUACUCUGUUCAUGGAAUGGAUUAAUGAUGGCAGGUCUGGCGCGAGCUGGACAAGGUUUGGGAGAAAAGGAUUACAUAGAUGACGCCAUUAAAACCGCGCACUUUAUAAAGAAAUACUUGUAUGACGAAAACACAAAAAAUCUGAUACAUUCUUGCUACACUGGUGGGGAUGGCACAAUUUUAAACACUGAACAACCAAUUAAAGGAUUUUUGGAUGACUAUGCCUUCCUGAUUAAAGGUCUUCUAGAUUUGUAUGAAGCAUCAUUGGAUGCUAGUUGGCUUAACUGGGCUCGCGAGUUACAAAAGAAACAGGAUGAUUUAUUCUGGGACAAGACUAAUGGAGGGUACUUUAAUUGUUCCACUGAGGAUUCUACUGUGUUGUUACGGUUGAAAGAAGAUCAAGAUGGAGCAGAGCCGUCUGGCAACAGCGUCUCGUGUCAUAACUUGCAACGUCUCGCAGCAUAUGCAGACAAAAGCGCUGCCCCAGAAGGCGGGGAAUGCGAGCGGGAGAAGGCCAAAGGAGUGCUCAAAGCAUUCGCCAAGAGACUGGUCGAAUCGCCUACUUCGCUGCCAGAGAUGAUGUCUGCACUUAUGUUUUACACUGAUUCACCAACACAGGUUCUGAUAGCGGGCGGUCGCUCCGAUCCGCGUACUUUGGAACUGAUUCGCGUGGUGCGUUCACGAUUACUGCCCGGUCGUGUCUUAGCAGUAGCCGACCCAUCCGCUGAAACACCCGCGGUUCUAAGCCGAAUCAGGGCAGGAGACGUACCAACAGCAUACGUGUGCCGGCGAUAUGCGUGUUCCCUGCCAGUCACAGACGUCAAACAACUCGAAAGCUUACUGGACGAAACGCUGCCUGCACCUGUAGCCGCUUCGAGCAAAUAGAGCUCAAAAGUAACGUAUAGUAGACCGCCACAGUAUAACUACCAUUAUUUAAAAAAAGACAUGUCAUGAAUAGGCGGCACUUUCAAGGCAAGCGUCAUUCACGACUUCAUAGUGACAUAGGUGCAAUUGUGCUCAAAUGUUUGGCUAUAACCAUUAAAAUAAAGGCCUUGUGUCGCUUUCAUAGUAAUCGAUAACAACAAUUUGUAUACUUUAGUGUGUGGUUGUAAGAAAAAUCUACAUUAAAACCUGUCCUGUCGGGUAAUAUAUUAAUAAUGGUGAUCAUUUGACUACGAAUCGUCGCUAAAUAUAAUCAGUGGCUCAGAUAAAAAAAUUUACAGAAAUAAUCUAUAAUCUCAGAAUGUGUUAUUUCUCGCACGUCAACAUAUCAUCGGGGAUAGUGCAAUUACACGUAACCAGCAUUUGAUGAUGAGUCUCCAUUUCGGUAAUUUAGUCGCCAAAUCGAAUCCGCGUGAAUGUCGUGGCAACCAAAUUAGCGUGAUUAACGUGAAUCUAUUGUUAUCAGUCCGUAGACAACGUAGAAGCAUUAAUGCUUACUGUCUGUGCAAAAAUGGAAGUCGUAGUCAUUGAAAUAACAAAGUAAUAACGUUAAAUCCCUCCCCUGUGAAAUUUGGUUUGGUGCAAAUACACGCUUUUUACCAAUGCUACAUACGCGGAUUUGCACUAUCCCCGACGAUAUUGUUAUUUUAGGUUAACUACAUUUUGAAGUUUUAAUGUAAUAAGAUUUGAAUUUCGUGUUAAUUUUAAACUAUGUCAUAAAAGUUGUAAAAAGGCAGCUGUUCUGAAUGGCGUACAUAAUCUCGAUAAUCUUAUGUAUAUAAAUCAUCGUGUUUACCAUAUAGACUCGGUGUGAAAGAUCGUGUAGUCUGAUUAUGUGAUAGUUUAUAAUUAUAAAAACAGAAAAAAACUAGGUAGUGUUUCAAGGUAAUCUCAUUAUAGCUUUGCCUAUAAGAUUGGCAUAAAAUUUACGGUUAAAAAUCGUUAAAUUAAUCAUAAAGCUACUAAGGAUUGUUUUGAAUUAAUAAUAAUUAACCCGUAACAUCGUACAUGUAAAACAAACAACUAUUUACGGUUUGCUGGCUUGCUUGCUUUUGAAACUUUUUUUGUUGAUCGCUUUUUAUGGUAAUUAGAGGACUCGGAUUAAUAAAAGAAUAACCUUGUAUGUCGCCAGACGCACUUGAGAAAGUGUUUUUAUCGUAAAGUCGUGUUGUUAAUGUGACCCCGUUUACAUAAUCAGCAAGCUUUUUAAUAUAUGUUGUUAGUAGUAACAUAGCGAUAAUAAUUUGCGUACCUUAUUCCAGCAUCACCAGUUUCUGAAACUUGACAGAAAGUCGUGAUUUAGUUGACUCUAGUCACAAAAUAUAUAGUUUUAAGCUUAAUUUACAUUACCGCGGAACUAAUGGGAACAAUAAAUACAAACGGCAGUAACCAUAGCAUAAUGAACUUUGUCAAUUGUGUAAUGUACAAACUAGAUACGACCCAAAAAACAGGUCUCGGUCUUCUGGAGAAUUCUCGCGCACCUGUUCCACUAAGAUCAAUUACAAGUUUAAUCAGUUGAACGAAUAAGACAGAAAUAUUCCAAUUAAUUCAAACUUACAUAAUAUAAAUAUAUCAUUAUUUAUAUUAAUUGGAACUACACAACUUCUACUUUAACAACUUCAAAAAAAUUACAUAACACCAUUGACC